UGUUAAAAAAAAAAAAAAAAAAAAAGUGCUACCAGUAACCUGCCAACAAAAGGCAUUGCAAUCAACAAUGAUUCUUCUUAAAACAAAUUUCACGAAUUGAGCCGGUGACCACCCACUCUAUCAUAUCAUCGGAAACCAUGUCGAAUUUCAAAAUCCAGCUGCUGAUUUUGAUUGCUGUUUUUAUUGUACCAAUCCUAGCUGUAUCAGCAAAAGCAGAAGCAGUUACGGCGUUGCUCCGCCGUCUGGACUCCAAACGGUCGUCGGCUUCGGUUCAAGAAGCUGCAGCUAAAGCUGUUCUCGAAAGAUUGCUUCCUACCCAUGUUCACAGUUUCGACUUCAAGAUUGUCUCCCAAGAUGCUUGUGGUGGACACAGUUGCUUUAUGCUAAACAAUUACAACCUGUCAAGCGGACAUGGUCCUGAGAUACAGGUUAAAGGCACCACAGCAGUUGAAAUUGCAUCUGGCCUCCACUGGUAUUUGAAGUACUGGUGUGGGGCUCAUGUUUCUUGGGACAAGACUGGUGGUGCUCAGCUAGCUUCCAUCCCAAGUCCAGGAUCACUGCCUCGUGUAAGAGAUGAAGGGUUAAGGAUACAACGACCAGUCCCGUGGAACUAUUAUCAAAAUGUUGUUACAUCUAGCUAUUCAUUUGUUUGGUGGGAUUGGGAGAGAUGGCAGAAAGAAAUAGACUGGAUGGCUCUUCAGGGGAUUAACCUGCCUUUAGCAUUCACAGGGCAAGAAUCAAUUUGGCAGAAAGUCUUCAUGGUAAAUUAUAAAAGCUCUUACAUAUAUGAAGGUGUUCAUCAAAUUCUAAGCUUCUACAUUAUAUGUCUUGCAUAUGUUGCUGCUUUUAACAUAGAGUAUGCAUAGCUUGCUUAUAGGAACUGGAGUUUCUUAGUUAGCACAUGGCUGCCAUGCAUUAAAAGGAGAACAUAAAACCUUGAAUGUUCAACAGGAGAGACUUUCAAUUUUCAAUUUUCUGAUUAACUAUACAAUGUAUUGUGUAUAUGCUCGUUUUGUUCUGUGCUCAUGCGUAUCACAGUUAGAAAACUUAGAAUACAAUUUUACAACUGAGUACAGAUAGAUUUGAACCUGCGCUAGUCUCUGGUGUCUUCCUGUUGAUGAUAUUCUUUUGUAACUUUAUGUUUAUUGAAUGCCUUUUGAGUAGCCAUUAUGAAUAGGUUUGGAUUUCAUAUAUGGCUUAGUUAUGAGGCAGAUAGUGAUUCGGCGUUUUGUGGCUGAGGCCUUUUGAGGGGACUCUUUGUCUCUUUCUCAUCAAUUGUCCUCCAAGCAGCCUCACACAUUCU